AUGGCGUCCUCAGGCGUGACGGGGUCGCCGUGCGGCGCGUGCAAGUUCCUGCGGCGCAAGUGCGCGGCGGAGUGCGUGUUCGCGCCAUACUUCUGCGCGGAGGACGGCGCGUCGCAGUUCGCGGCGAUCCACAAGGUGUUCGGCGCCAGCAACGCCGCCAAGCUGCUGCAGCAGGUGGCGCCCGGCGACCGGAGCGAGGCGGCCGCCACGGUGACCUACGAGGCGCAGGCGCGGAUGCGCGACCCGGUGUACGGCUGCGUCGCGCACAUCUUCGCGCUGCAGCAGCAGGUGGUGGCGCUGCAGGCGCAGGUGGCGCAGGCGAGGACGCACCUGGUGGCGGCCGGCCACGGCCACCCGCUCCUGUACCAGCAGCAGGCGGCGUGGCAGGUGGCGGAGACGUCGACGACGCAGAGCAGCUCAGGGUGCUACAGCGCGCACCGCUCCGACGACGGGUCAUCCAUGCACGCGCCGGCGGAGAUGUACUGCUUCGGCGAGCAGGAGGAAGGCAGCUACUAG